GAGAGAGAGAGGCGAAGAAGGGGAGGAGGAGGAGGGAGGAGAUGGAGGGCUGGGAUCCGAGCACGAAGUCGGCUUUGACGCAGAUCCCGCUGCUGUCGACGCGGGCGGGCCCGCGAGACGGGGCGGCGUGGACGCAGCGGCUGAAGGAGGAGUACCGCGCCCUGAUCGCCUACACCACCAUGAACAAGUCCCACGACAACGACUGGUUCCGCAUCUCGGCCGCCAACCCCGAGGGCACCCGCUGGUCCGGCACCUGCUGGUACGUCCACAACCUCCGCCGUUACGAGUUCGCUCUCCAGUUCGACAUCCCCGUCACAUACCCCGCCACCGCCCCCGAGAUCGAGCUCCCCCAGCUCGACGGAAAGACCCACAAGAUGUACAGGGGAGGCAAGAUCUGCCUCACCGUUCACUUCAAGCCCCUUUGGGCCAAGAACUGUCCUAGGUUUGGAAUUGCGCAUGCCCUUUGCCUGGGCCUCGCGCCGUGGCUCGCCGCCGAGGUGCCGAUUCUUGUGGACUCCGGCGUGCUGAAGCACAAAGAUGACGAGUCCACCUCAGCCGAAUCUUGAUGGUUUGCUUCUUGAUCGUUAUUACCAUAGAAACAUUAAUAACCUGAAGCAUUUUAGAACAAAUUGUGACAUCUAUCUACAGAUUGUGAUAUAUCUGACUGGCUACCAGCAAAUUGAUUUAGAAUGUCUUAUGCUGAUCAUAAUCCUUUUGUGAUUUCUUGGUGGUGAAGUGUUUAAUAAAUUUAAUGCUUUGUGAUAAAUUAUUAUUAUUUUUCA